AUGCUCUACAAAGUAUCAAUUGACCAGCACACCCUGGAUUACGCUGGUAACGAGACUAUUGAUGAUACAGAUCUAUGGCUAAACCGUUUAGAUCGGCAUGGCGUUGCUACUCGGCUUUGGGUGGCACAGGACAUGUUGGACAUCGAAAGUGCAGAGGUUGUGGCGGGUUCAAAAGGUACCAACUUCUUUAGCUGGAUCAGUCGGCGAUACACUGUAGUUGGUAGCAGGAUAACAAAUGCGAUGUGUGUUCUUUAA